ACCAGCUACUGACCAUGUCAACAGAGUUCCAGGAUGCUCACCUUGCAGAGGUGAAACCUCUGGUGGAGAAGGAGGAGGUUAUCACUCGCCUCCUUCCAGACUUCGAUGUUCAGGAGCAAGAUGUGGAGACUGUGCAUGGCUCAGUCCAUGUCACCAUGUGUGGGACUCCCAGAGGGAACCGGCCAGCUAUCCUCACCUACCAUGACAUCGGGCUGAAUCAUAAAACUUGCUUCAAUCCUCUCUUCAACUUUGAGGAUAUGCAGGAAAUCACCCAGCACUUUGCAGUCUGCCACGUGGAUGCACCUGGUCAGCAGGAGGGAGCACCGUCUUUCCAAACUGGGUACGUGUAUCCCUCCAUGGAUCAGCUGGCUGAAAUGCUUCCUGGAAUCCUGAAACAGUUUGGCCUGAAGACCAUUAUAGGAAUGGGAACUGGAGCCGGUGCCUACAUCUUAACCAGAUUUGCUUUAAACCAUGCAGACAUGGUGGAGGGAUUAGUUCUCAUUAAUGUAAACCCUUGUGCUGAAGGUUGGAUGGACUGGGCAGCAACUAAGAUUUCAGGUUGGACAAAUGCUUUACCAGACAUGGUCAUUUCACACCUUUUUGGAAAGGAGGAGAUUCACAGCAACCAUGACCUGAUCUAUACUUACCGUCAGCAUAUUAUUAAUGAUAUGAAUCAAACCAACCUUCAUCUCUUUGUCAACUCUUACAACAGUCGGCGAGACCUAGAGAUUGAGCGCCCUGUUCCUGGAAUAAAUGUUGUUACUCUUCAAUGCCCCGUUCUCCUGGUGGUUGGUGACAGUUCCCCGGCAGUGGAUGCUGUGGUUGAAUGCAAUGCAAAGCUGGACCCAACAAGGACCACACUUCUGAAGAUGGCUGACUGCGGUGGGCUCCCUCAAGUUUCCCAGCCUGCCAAGCUUGCAGAAGCUUUCAAAUAUUUUGUUCAGGGAAUGGGAUACAUGCCCUCUGCUAGCAUGACCAGGCUGAUGAGGUCCCGCACCGCUUCUGGCUCCAGCGUAACCUCUUUGGAAGGACAGAGGAGCAGGUCUCACACCGGGGAAGGCACGAGGAGCCGGUCUCAUACCGGCGAGGGAACGAGGAGUCGAUCCCACACCGGGGACGGUGCCAGGAACCGCUCCCACACAGACACGCGCAUCGAGCUGACGCCGAACUCAGCAAACAACGCUGAACAAUCAAGCCCCAAGUCCAUGGAAGUGUCCUGUUAGAUGGCUGUGGGAGGUUUAAACUGGUCACAGUGUGAAAAAGUAAUGGAUGCCCCCUAUGUAUCACAAAAACAUAACUGGUAAUUAUCUCAAGCUAUUCUGUAGGAUGAACUCUGUUCACCAGGGUCUGACAGGGACCAAAGAAAAGAAGCAUCUCAUUUGCUCUAUCAUUAUUCUUGUAACUCAGACAGUUGCUGCUAUUGUGCCCUCCUUCAAUGAAUGCCAAAUUCUAAAGGAUACUUGCCAAAAGCUGAUGUGGUUGUAAACACUUCAGAGACAAACCAGACUUGCUUAAUAUCUUCCUUUAAAAUCAAAGCUGUUACGUGCCCCUUUAUCUCUUAUUCUCUUAAAGUACACUGGCACAAUUUGAGAUGAGUUUCAAACAGGGGGAGAAAAAAAAUCACUAUUAUAGAUGGCUUUUAAAGAAGGAAAUGAAACGUGUUAUGGCCUCAUGUUGAAGCUGGAGUUGAAUUAAUUGUAUAUAGCUUGACUUCAAAUGAUAGAGAAGUUAAUGUAUCGUGCAUUUAUAGGCCUUCUAAUUCAUUAGUAUUCAAGCCUGUUUUCCUAUGUACAAUAAUAUACUACUAAAAUAGGCGAUUUUAAUGUGACUCUGAGACGAACUAAAUCUUUAAGCUUUUUUAUUUCACUUCUUUGAGAUUUAGUUACAGUCUUCCUUUUCUUCCCCCCUCCUAGACCCUAAAACCUGCUUAGCCAAAUGAGGACAGGAUUUAAAUUUAAUAAGCAAGGUAGCAUUUCCUCUUUGGGAUCCUGGGCCAAAGGGUUUACUGUACCGUAAAAGUUGGUAUAGUUGUAACAAGUAGGGUAGCCAUACAUGCCAGCAAAGCAGAAACAGCUUGAUUUUUCCUUCAGGCAGCUUCUUAUCUUUGCAGCUCAAGUUUUUGUGUCCAGCACAAUUGUGAUAAAUUCAGAAUU